AUGUCUGAGAAUUUAAUUAAAUGUGCGAACUGUAAUGUGGUUAUUUCGGAAGUAUUGGCGUUUAUACGCAAUAAACACGAUGUUAUGGACAAUGAGAGUCUCGUAAGGAUUUGUCAGUCGGCUUUUUCUGAAGAGGAGAUUGAUGAGGCGAAGAAGAAAUUAUUUACAUCCGUUAAGACUAAACAAAAGUAUUUACCGGAAGAUUUGAAACAAAAUUUUCAAAGGGUUAGGUCACCGUUAUCUUUAUUUAGCGAUGAUAAAAUUAAUAUUCGAAGAGGAGGGUAUUUUAGAAACAGCGGACCGAUAGGACCACCGCACGUGACGUCGGAGCUUACAGCUGACGCGAACGGCCGCACGACGUGUGACGUCACAGCAGCGUCUCACGGCAAUAACAAUAUUAUGAGUGCACCUACUAACAAUCAAAACAAUGAUUUAUUUAACAAACCAGCGUAUAGUGCUCUGUUCCACUCUCCGGCAAUUAAUAAAGUUGUUCCGGCUGCACCUGUGAGAUCGCCUGUGCUGUGUAGUGAGGGCAUUUAG